CCCAGCUAUUUGACGAGGGAGGAGUCUGGAGAGUGCGAGGGUGGGGAAACAGGCCUUGCCUCUCCCCUUCGCUGUGAGGGGUACUGUGGGUCGCGGAGUGGUACGAGUUCCACGUGGUCUGGUGACUGCGGCUCGCCCACCUCGCUGCUCCUUGAGUCUUUGGGCCUCUGGGCCCACUUCCGGCCGAGAUGCCGAAGGUUAAGGCCGGGGCGAGCGGCCGCCGCCGCGCGCGACAGGAGCAGCGCGGGGAGCUGAAGCGCGCCGGCGGACUCAUGUUCAACACGGGGAUUGGGCAGCACAUUUUGAAAAAUCCUCUCAUUGUUAACAGCAUUAUCGAUAAGGCUGCUUUAAGACCAACUGAUGUGGUGCUGGAAGUUGGACCUGGAACUGGCAACAUGACUGUAAAGUUGUUAGAAAAGGCAAAAAAGGUAGUUGCCUGUGAACUUGACCCAAGGCUAGUAGCUGAACUUCACAAAAGGGUUCAGGGCACGCCUCUGGCCAGCAAACUUCAAGUGAUGGUGGGUGAUGUGUUGAAAUCAGAUUUGCCAUUCUUUGAUGCUUGUGUGGCAAAUUUGCCUUAUCAGAUUUCUUCUCCUUUUGUCUUCAAGUUGUUGCUGCAUCGACCUUUUUUCAGGUGUGCUAUACUUAUGUUUCAAAGAGAAUUUGCUCUCCGACUGGUUGCAAAACCUGGAGAUAAGUUAUACUGCAGGCUAUCAAUUAAUACACAGCUGUUAGCACGUGUGGACCAUCUAAUGAAAGUUGGAAAGAAUAACUUCAGACCACCUCCCAAGGUGGAAUCCAGUGUUGUAAGAAUAGAACCUAAGAAUCCACCACCACCCAUCAAUUUUCAGGAAUGGGAUGGCCUUGUAAGGAUCACUUUUGUUAGGAAAAACAAGACACUGUCUGCUGCAUUUAAAUCAAGUGCAGUGCAACAGCUAUUGGAAAAAAACUACAGAAUUCACUGUUCACUCCAUAAUACUAUAAUACCAGAAGACUUCAGCAUAGCAGAUAAAAUACAGCAAAUCCUAACCAGCACAGGUUUUAGUGACAAACGGGCCCGUUCCAUGGACAUAGAUGACUUUAUCAGAUUGCUACAUGGAUUCAAUGCAGAAGGUAUCCACUUUUCCUAGCCAUUUGGAAAACAGAAUUUUUCAAG